CCUGAUUGCGGUAUCGUUCCUUAGGUUGGAGGCUCUUUGUCAAAAGCCGAUGAGAGGUCGAGGUUGAUUAGCCGGUGGUCGGAAAAACUUCAAGCAUCCCGUAGUAAUGUGAGUGUGGGGCAGGAAUUGUUCGCUGCAUUGCAACACCGAGCUGUCUACGCAAUGCUGCGCUUAUGAACCCGGCGCUGGCGAAGUUCAUGCUUGCGCGUACACCUGACAGCAUCAAGCAUCCCGGGGAGAACACAAUGGCGGCGGAAACUUUCACGCUCAACAGCGGCUCAAGGAUUCCUGCAGUCGGACUCGGUACUUGGCAGAGUGAUCCAGGCCAAGUGGCUGCAGCGGUGGAGCACGCGCUGAAAGUGGGAUACCGACACAUUGAUGCAGCCUUUGUAUACGGCAACGAGAACGAGGUCGGCGAAGGGCUGAAGAAGGCUUUCGAUGCGGGCGUGUGCAAGAGAGAGGACGUCUUCGUAACGUCAAAGCUGUGGUGCACAUAUCAUCGGAAAGCGGAGGAGUGCUUGGAUGAAGGCUUGAGAAGGCUGCAAUUGGACUAUGUCGACUUGUAUCUGAUGCACUGGCCUGUGCCGAUGAACCCGAACGGCAACCACCCUCUGUUUCCGAAGCUCGAGGAUGGCUCGCGCGAUCUCGACAAGGAGUGGAGCCACAUCCAGACGUGGAAAGAGCUGGAAAAGCUGUUGAAGACUGGUAAGACCAAGGCCAUUGGGGUGUCGAAUUACAGUGUGCCGUUCUUGAAGGAGCUGUUACCGCACUGCGAGGUCGUGCCGGCUGCGAACCAGAUCGAGAACCAUCCUUAUCUUCCUCAGCAGGAGAUUGCAGAUUUCUGCAAAGGGAAAGGGAUCAGGAUCGAGGCGUAUAGUCCGUUGGGUAGCACCGGCAGCCCACUGUUCCAAGAAGAGGGCGUGCAGGAGGUGGCCAAGAAACACAACGUGGGGCCCGGGACCGUUCUCAUAAGCUAUCAGGUCAACAAAGGUCAUGUCGUCCUACCGAAGUCGGUAACGUCUUCGCGGAUUGAGGAGAAUCUGAAGACGGUCAAGCUUGACGCAUCGGAUAUGGAGGCGCUGGAAAACAUCCACAAGAAGAAAGGCAUCACUCGCUUCGUGUAUCCUGCAUUCGGCGUGAAACUUGGGUUCCCGGACAAGGAUUGACCAUACUACAACUUUCGAUGAGUUUGAGCGCACAGCUUUUGUUCCGCGUUCAGUGC